UUCGAGGUGCGACACGAACUUUGUCUACUAACCCGACAACCCGCACAUCCCACAGCAAAAAUGACCAAGGUCCAGUCAAUGGUCGCGAGCUCUCGCCGCAAAUCGCGAAAGGCGCACUUCAGUGCGCCGAGUAGUGUGCGUCGGGUCAUCAUGAGCGCGCCUUUGAGUAAGGAGCUCCGCGAGAAGCACGGAGUGCGCAGCAUUCCCAUCCGUAAGGAUGACGAGAUCACCGUUGUCCGCGGUUCUAACAAGGGACGUGAGGGCAAGGUCUCCUCCGUCUACCGCCUCAAGUACUGCAUUCAUGUCAACGGCAUCGUCCGCGAGAAGAGCAACGGCCAGUCGGUUCCCACCCCCAUCGCUCCCUCCAAGGUCGUCAUCACCAAGCUCAAGCUCGACAAGGACCGCGAGUCUAUCCUGGAGCGCAAGAGCGCCGGUCGCGAGGAGAAGAAGAAGCAGAGGGAGGCUUAA